AUGAAAACCACAGCACUGCACACUUGCUUACUGCUUAUACUUGCAGGGCCGGCGCUCAAAGCGUCCAAAGAAAGCUCUGGCCUUGACCACCCAAGCAGGAUUUUCACGUCUGUUUUUGUGCACACGCACCCUACAAAUCUGCCCAAGUGCGAGAGCGACUUUGCGUCAAACAAUAGGCCUACCGAGGGGCUGGGUAUUCUCAGCCAGAGAAUGCAAAAAGGCGAACUCCCAACUCUUCUAGAGAUAAGAGACGCAGUUCUGCACACAAUUAUGUGCUGCAUACACCCGAUUGCACAAAAGCACCAGGCGCUCCUCGACAAAAGUGUCGUGGACAGCAUGGAAAAAAAGACUAAGCUUUACGCCCAAGCCAGCCUGAACACGCGUUGCGUGGUGAACUGCAUGGACUUCGCUUCUCUGUGCAUUGGCAAAAUAUGCAGCGCGCACGAAAGGUCCCUUGGAGGAGGUGGCCCACUUCAAAAAGGCGCCCCCGUGUUGUCAAAAGAGGAGGUAUAUACGUUGGGGUGGGCGGCGCGUCUAUACCGACUUAUUGCAGAGUUUUUGCCCGAGCAAAAAAGUAAGGAGGUCAGAGACUGCGUAACAUUCCUGAGGAAGGUAGAAAAAGAGUUCGCAGCCAUGGGCGCAUUAUGGAAGAAGCAGCAGACAAAAUGCACCCAGCCAUGA